AUGCUUGCUGACUUGAACUCAAAAAGCAUGGAUGAUAACCCUAAUCGGGCUAAUGAGGCUUACGGCUGGCAUUUCCAAUACCUGACCGUGAUCGGGUUGACUUUGUCCACGUUGACCUUCAUUACUGCGGUGCUGGCAGAUAUCACUCUGUCUCGGCGGCUGUUUUUAAUCAAAAACCUUCUGUCGGUCUGUAGUGCUCCUAUGGAGGUCCUCAUCAGUGUACUCUAUUGGGGUCUCCGCAUGAUUGACGAGCGUUUGGUGGUCCCUGAUUGGGCUGUGAUUCCCCUCCAUGCCGACAUCAGCUUCCAUGCAAUUCCAUCUAUUGUGAUGCUUUUGGAUUUGUUGUUUCUGUCCCCGCCUUGGACUAUUACUGCUUUGCCAUCGUUGGGACUGUCUGGGUCAAUUGCUUUUGGAUAUUGGUUCUGGGUUGAAAGAUGUUUCAAGUACAACGGAUGGUGGGUUGAAGUUCAAACUAUGCCCCGAGUCCCCACUGACCUGCCUAGGUAUCCGUAUCCCAUUUUUGAGCAGCUGCCCACUCCUGGUAGGAUUGUCCUUUUCACGCUGAGUGCCGUCGUGAUGGCACUGAGUACGGCCACUCUCAAGUGGCUGUAUGGCCGCGUUAAUGGAUUCGGGCUUUCCGUUCCGCCCCAGUCUCGUGCUGGUGAUAUCAAAAGGAAAGAAGGACUGUGA